AUGCCCAAGAGAUCGGAAGAAGACGAGUCCGAAUGGACGAUACGUAAGGAUGACAUACUGAACCUAUACAUAGAGCAGGAUAGGCCACUGUCCGAAGUUAUCCGUGUUAUGGCCAAUCAAGGCUUUGUAAAAACAAAACCACAAUACGAAAGAUCCCUGAAAAGAUGGCGUGUGUCCAAGAAUGUGCGCAAAGAGGAGUGGGACUUUAUUCUCAGCCGCUUGAACGAACGCCAUCGCCCGACUAUUGUCAAAGUCCGCGGUAUAACGAUUCCACAGUCAAGACUAGAUCGUCAAAAGCUUAGGCAUCGAGAGAGCACUCUUGUUCGUUAUAAAUCAAAAUUGAAUCCUUCGCCCCGCUGUCAGACACCACCAAACAUAGAGAUCUCCACACCAUCGCCAAUCAAAGAAGACGACGAAUUGCAACUGAUUCCAUUACCAGAGCAUGGAUACUAUGGAGAGAUCGAAAAAUAUGACGAAGAACCUUCCGCUGUGGAUGAUAUUGGAGACCAAAACGACCAGCUACCUGAAGAAGUUUCCAUCUUUUGGCCGAUCUACGGUGGACCGAGCCUAGACACUUUGCCCAAAAUGCAUGGAGAUAAUGCUGCGGAUGGGACGACGAAAUCGAGGGAGAAUCCAUCGUCACUAUCCUGUCCUCCUACGGUUGAUAGGUCCCCUGUAUAUUCAGUACCACUUUAUGUGUACAUGCACGAAUUCAUCUCCAACAAUUCCGACCGUAUCUUCCAAGACAUCGACCGGCUAAAGAGUCAACAUCAAGUUCAUGAGCAUCAGCAAACCACUGAUUAUGUCCUCAGUCAACCUAUCGAUAUCCAUGUCGAGGCUAUCGUCCGAUACAAGAUUCCAAGCCGUCGUUUUCAUCAAAUUAUGAGAGGCACUCGAGAUGAUCUGGAUUUGGAUCUUCUCCGACGGAUACUGAUUGCUACCGAUCCGGACGAGGACUGGAAGAGCUUUGGCGAAACCCUUCUAUUCAAUGCUGUGAAGGACAGAAACCUAUCUCUACUUGACGUACUCCUCAAUGCAGGAGUAAACGAAAUGGCUUUGCAGGAAGCAGAGACCGUCAACUAUCAAUUCGACGAGUAUCCAUUCAAUGUACUGCAAGUUGCAGUUCAAUACGAGUAUGACGAUGCAAUCAGGACUUUGACCAGUCAUGGUGCGAUAAUCUUCACCGGCUGUCCGUACACUGAUUGCGCUUUUCUCGCUAAUGCGAUUGAACAUGCCAUGCAUCUGGUACGGCCAUUACUCGCUGAAUGCAUAAGAUUGUUAGAUCACCAGAUAUCUCAGAAAGGAAGCGCCGCUCUUAGCCGGGCUGUAAUUUUAUCUAAUGACAAGGUCGUUGACGUCCUCCUUCAGACUGGAUUCAGUCCGUAUACUGGGCGAUACAAUGGCCCUUUUUCGAAUAAGAUAUUACCAUACGGAAGCCCUUUCGAGCUCGCCAUGUUUGCUUGGAAGUCCACCUACCUCAAGAGGUUUUUGAAAUUCCCAUGGUAUGAUACGAGCAAGAAGCAAUAUCUGGAGCGACAACGUCAACUUACUGCUGCAUACAUCUCUGCAUGGUCCUCUAGAGAUCUCGAACUCGAAAAAGCGAUCCUAGAAGCUGGCCUGAAACCGAAUGAGAUGAGACAGAUCAUGGGAGAUGAUCAUAUGCAACAAUGGCUGUAUUUUGGUCUCGCAAAAGCGAUUGAGUAUGGCGACUUGCGGCUUUUCCAGUUGGCAGUAACGAGAGAGAAUGUGUCUAUGAUUAAAGCUGGAGCAGAAGUCAACGCACCUCCAGGUAUAUUGGGCAAGACCGCAAUUGAGAUAGCCGCCGAAGUAGGCAGUCUUGAGAUGGUCACUUUUCUCCUCAAGACAGGAGCCGAUUUCGAGGGACAACACAACAGGAACUACAGAAGGGCAAUUUACAGAGCACGAAACAAUGGACACAUGUCUGUGGUCGGGUUACUGCAUGAGUGGAAGAGAUCGAAAUAUGGCAGGCAUGACUGCGACACGUUAGACAACUUGAGGAACUCAAUUACACCCGACGAAUUGGACUUCCAAAGCGAAGCAGCCAGGGCCGCUCACUUGAAAGACCAAGCCGAGGUUCACCCUGCAGUCGAACUUUCUGGGGAUAAAGGCUCUGUGGCAAGCAAUGGCUGA